AGUUGCUAGAGGGAAAAUGGAUUCUUUAUUUCACGUCCUGGUUUCUACCUGUCUUGCCUUGACAUUCUCAGAAGGGUUUCUGAUUAUCCAUGUCCAGAAACAGCAGUGUCUUUCAGAAAAGAGAGGAGUCAUUAUGGAAAAGUGCAAUAUGACCAACCUCAACCAGCAGUGGCAGUGGACAGCAAAUGACAGGCUCCUUCACGUGAAGUCUGCCCAGUGCCUGAGCAUCUCUACACGCUCUGCCCUGUCAUCUCGCAGCAUUGUUGCUGAUUGUCCCCAGGCAGUCAGGUGGACGUGCCACGAGGAAGAUGGGCUCCUGAAGGUGGCCAACAGCUCUCUCUUUCUCACAAAGCAAGGUCAGAAGGUAAUGGCCAAGCAGAGUAAGAAAUACCUUCAUACAUGGAUGCAGCUAGAAGCCAGCGAGACGGGAAAACCUGUUUAUGUAAAUCUGUGCUCAAAGCAAGAUCUCCAAGAUGCAGACACUUCCGUUUGGAGUACUAGAACUACACCCUCCCCUCGAAACGCUGUUACCUCUAGACCUGAAAAUCUGCUGAAGAGUAGCACAGAGAUGUUCAUCAGAAACGUGACUGGACACUUUGGUAAAAAUCUCAUUGAAAACCUCUACUUUGACUUGAAAUCUGCGGUAACAGAGAAAGCCUGGAUUCCAACAACUACUCAAUACUCUAGCACUACAGAAGAGGCGGCGCCGGCGGAGGUGGCGGGAUGCAAGGCCAACCUGACGGAGCGGAGCGUGGCCGGGCAGAGCGUCCGGCUGCGCUGGGGCGCCGCGGGCCGCGCCUGCAACUUCAGCCUGAGCGGGCGCUCGGAGGCCGGCGGGGCGGCCGGCUGCCAGCCCGCCCCCGCCGGGAACGGCUCCCACGGCUGCACCCUGCGGGACCUGGAGGCCGGGACCUGGUACCACCUCCGCAUCGAGCCCCUCGGCGGCGGGGAGGCUGUCAACAUCUCCGUGCAGACAGAUCCCUUACCACCACCUCAUUUUGAAAUUAAUAAGGAAAACACUACUCCCACAAGCUUACAGGUUCAGUGGGAUCCUUCCUCAGGAAAGGUGGACUUUUAUAACCUACUAUUAUUUGAUCAUGAUAAUAAGAAGAUUCAAGAAGUCUCCAUACCAGGAAGAAUGUCAAGAACAGAAACCACUUUUUCCAAUCUCAUCCCUGGGAAUAAAUACAACAUUGUCCUCAGUGCAGUUGCUGGAAAUAAGAGUGCCUCAGAACUUCACAUAAGUGGAUCUACUGUGCCAUCCCCUGUGAAAAGUAUUCAGGUCAGUGUCAAGACAGACACUAUCCAGGCUUCAUGGUCUCCUGGCUCUGGGCGUGUGGAUCGUUACAGGCUGGUGUUACUGGAUAAUCAUGUCCCAGUUCAUGAGGUUCACCAAGAAGAUCCUAAGACCUCCUACACUUUUUCAGGACUCAUAGCUGGCCACCUGUAUAACCUCUCUAUCGUAACCCAGGCUGCAGGAUUGGAGAGCAGCAGUUUUCAAGCUGUCAGGACAGCCCCAGCUGAAGUCUUAGAUUUGAUGGUGACUAACGAUGACAGCGUAGAUGCUUUAACAGUUAAGUGGAGAAGACCUUCAGGAACCCUCAGUUUCUAUAAUAUUACUCUGUCUCAUCUUGGAUCAGUUAAAGAAGUCAAAACUCUACAGCCACUGGCCAGAGAGACACACUUUGACAAGCUGACUCCAGGACGCCUCUAUCAGGUUACUGCCCGCACAAUCAGUGGUGAACUGUUUACUGAUCGGAUAGCAACUGGCAGGACAUUUCCCCAGAAAGUUUCCGAGCUGAAAGCCGCUGGUGGUGGCUGGCUGAGGUCUCUGCGAGUGAACUGGCUGCCCCCUGCGGGAGACUGGGAGAGGUACCGCCUGCUCCUGUGGAACCGCUCGGCCCUGGUGCUCAACACCACCCUGGAGAAGGACACCACAGAGCACCUCAUCCAUGACGUGGGACUCAUCCCGGGGAGGCAGUACCGCGUAGACAUCGUGGUGGAGAGUGGCGAUUUGCAGAGCAAGGCGAGCUGCACGGGCAGAACAGCUCCAGAGCCUGUUCUCCAGCUCCGUGUGAAACAUGCUAAUGAAUCUUCGCUUACUGUCAUGUGGAUGACCCCUGUUGCAGAGUGGGACAGCUAUGUGGUUUCACUGGGAGACAGGGAUCUUACUGUCAUAAAAAAAGGGCUUGCAAAAGAAGCUAAGGAAUUCACUUUCACUGACUUGGUACCUGGAAGAAAAUACACAGCUACAAUCACUACCAUUAGUGGGAUUUUAAGCAACUGGACAUCAGUGGAAGGAAGAACAGUGCCAGCCCAAGUGACCGAUCUGACCGUGGCAAGUCAAGGAUCGACCAACAGCUUGUUCACCAACUGGACAAGAGCACUGGGAGAUGUGGACUCAUACCAAGUGCUGCUGAUUCACGAGAAUGUUGUCAUUAAAAAUGAGACUGUUCCCAGUGAAACCAACAGAUACCACUUCUAUCCCCUGAAACCUGGAGGACUCUAUUCAGUUGUGGUCACCACUGUCAGUGGGGGAAUAUCUUCGAGGCAAAUGAUCGCAGAAGAGAGGACAGUUCCUUCCAGCGUGACUGGAGUAACAGUAAAUAACUCAGGUCGCAGUGACUACCUCAGUGUUUCUUGGCUGCCAGCUUCUGGAGAUGUAGACAGUUAUUUGGUAACACUCUCUCACGAUGGCCAGAUUGUUCAGACUCUCACCAUUUCCAAAUCCUUCAGCGAAUGCUCCUUCAACAGCCUUACUCCCGGGACACUUUAUGAUGUGAAGAUAACCACAAAGAGUGGGAAGUAUGAAAAUUAUUCCUUCAGCCAAGAACGAACAGUCCCUUCAAGUGUUCAGGGACUUACCGUCAGCAAUUCAGCCAGAAGUGACUACUUGAAGGUGUCCUGGUUACAUGCCUCCGGAUAUUUUGAUGAUUAUGAAGUGAUCAUCAAGAACAACAAUGAUUUCAUCCAAACGAAAAAUGUCCCAAAGGAUGAAAAUGAAUGUGUGUUCACUAAUCUGGUCCCAGGGAGGCAGUACAGUGUCACAGUCAGCACAAGAAGUGGGAAAUAUGAAACUAGUGAAAGGGUCUAUGGCAGAACAAUGCCAGAGUCAGUGAAGGAACUGACUCUUAGUAACAGAAGCACAGAAGAUCUGCAGGUAACUUGGUCAAAAGCUGAGGGGGAUGUUGAUAAAUAUGAGAUUCAGCUCCUCUUCAAUGAUAUGAAGAUCUUCCCACCCAUUUUCCUUGGGAACACUAUUGAGGAGUACUGGUUCACAGCUCUGACUCCAGGACGCCUAUACAAAAUUCUUGUCUUGACCAUCAGUGGAGAUGCACAACGUGCUACUUUCAUAGAAGGCCUGACAAUUCCAAGUGUGGUCAGAAACAUUCAUGUAUCACCUAAUGGCAUGUCAAACAGCCUGAAAGUGAGCUGGACUCCUGGAGGUGGAGAUGUUGAUUCCUACACCGUGACUAUAUUUCAGCAAAACCAUCAGCUUGAUUCCCAGAGUGUCUCCAAACAUGUCUCUGAGCACGUGUUUCACAAGUUGGAAGCUGGGGAACAGUACCGGGUGGUGGUGCAAUCCAACAGUGGCACCUUGCACAACAGCUUAGCAGCAUUUGGGAGAACAAUUCCAGCCUCUGUCCAGGAAUUAUUAGCCCAUCAUGCUUACAGCAGUCAUUCCUUGUUGGUAACCUGGCAGAAAGCUGCUGGUGUAGCUGAAAGAUAUGACAUUCUGCUUUUGAAUGAGCAAGGAAUCCUCCUGAGCAACAAAUCAGAGCCAGCUACUGCCAAACAGCACAAAUUUGAAGAUUUAUUAGCUGGCAAGAAGUACAAAAUACAAGUUUUGACAGUCAGUGGUGGGCUCUUCAGUAAGCGAGCAGAAACUGUUGGUCGAACAGUUCCAGCAGCUGUGACAAAUCUGAAGGUCACAGAGAACACCACUGACCGACUGUCCUUCAGCUGGACCACCUCGGAGGGAGAGCUUGAUUCGUAUGACAUCUUCCUAUACAACCCAGACAAGUCCCUUCAUGACAGGAUUUCAGGAGAGCAGCACCUGCAGCAGUGUUCAUUCCAGAACCUGCGUCAAGGCAGGAUGUACCGGAUGGUGAUUGUUACCCACAGCGGAGACCUCACUAAUGAGUCAUCUGUCUUUGGAAGAACAGUACCGGCCCCAGUUGUUGGUCUCAAGGCAUCCAACCGAAACAUGACAGACAGUCUGUGGUUCACCUGGGGUCCAGCAGCAGGAGAUGUUGACUUCUAUGAGCUGAAUCUCUACAACCCAAAUGGGACACAAAAAGAAACGUGGCACAGGAAAGACCUGAAAGAAUGGCAUUUCCAGGGACUAGUUCCUGGCAGAAAGUACACUCUAGUUGUCGUGACACACAGUGGGGACCUCAGCAAUACAGCAAACACUGAAGGAAGAACAGCACCCAGCCCUCCUAACACUGUAUCGUUUACUGAUGUUGCAAACACUUCUUUAUCAAUCACUUGGCCGGGUCCUCCAGACUGGACAGACUAUGACGAUUUCGAGUUGCAGUGGCUUCCAAAGGAUCCCCUGACAGUGUUCAACCCCUACAGCAGCAGCAAAUCUAAAGUACGCAUCAUCUAUGGCCUGCGGCCGGGAAGACUCUAUGAGUUCAGUGUCAGAACUGUCAGUGGCGACAGCUGGAAGACCUACAGUCAGUCACAGUCUGCAAGCGUGAGAACGAAACCAGACAAGAUUCAAAGUCUUCAUUGUCGGCCUCAGACCUCUACUGCCAUUGCAUGUUCCUGGACUCCUCCUGAUUCUGACUUUGAUGGAUACAGCGUCGAAUGCAAAAAAAUGGACACUCGUGAAGUGGAAUUUUCUAAAAGGAUAGAAAAAGACAAAUCUCUGCUUAAUAUCAUGACCCUUGUUCCCCACAAGCGAUACCUCGUGUCCAUCAAGGUGCAUUCUGCAGACAUGACAAGUGAAGUAGUGGAAGACAGCACCAUCACAAUGAUCGACCGUCCUCCUCAGCCACCUCCAGACAUACGAGUGAACAAAAAAGAGGUGCUGAUUACCAAAUCCUCCAUCAACUUUACUUUUAACUGCAGCUGGUUUAGUGAUACUAAUGGAGCUGUGAAGUACUUUACUGUGGUUGUGAGAGAGGCUGAUGGAAGUGAAGGACCAAAGCCUGAUGAGCAGCACCCAUUACCUUCCUACCUGGAGUACAAACACAACGACUCUAUACGCAUCUACCAGACAAAUUAUUUUGCCAGUAGAUGUGCUGAAAACCCUGACAGUGACUAUAAAAGCUUUGAGAUUAAGCUUGGAGGGGAAAUGGAAAAUCUGGGAGGAAGGUGUGAUCCAGAUCAACAAAAAUUCUGCGAUGGACCUCUAAAGCCUCGGACUGCUUAUAGGAUCAGCAUACGGGCUUUUACCCAGCUCUUCAGUGAAGACCCGAAGGAACUCCCUAAACCACUCUUUGCAGACACUUUCUUCUCCUUACCCAUCACUACAGAAGCAGAGCCUCUGUUUGGAGUUAUUGAAGGUGUGAGUGCUGGCUUGUUUCUGAUUGUGAUGUUAGUGGCUGUUACAGCUUUAUUUGUCUGCAGACAAAAAGUUAGCAACAGCCACGAGAGACCUACAGCAAGGCUGAGCAUUCGCAGGGACAGGCCACUGCCAGUCCAUUUGAACCUGGGGCAAAAAGGGAACCGGAAAACUUCCAGUCCGAUCAAAGUCAGUCAUUUUGAAGCACACUUCACCAAACUUCAAGCAGACUCCAACUACCUCCUGUCCAAGGAGUAUGAGGACUUGAAAGAUGUGGGUCGAAACCAGACAUGUGACAUAGCACUUCUGCCAGAGAACAGAGGGAAAAAUCGAUACAAUAAUAUAUUGCCCUAUGAUACAUCAAGAGUGAAGCUUUCCAAUGUGGAUGAUGACCCUUGCUCAGACUACAUUAAUGCAAGCUACAUACCAGGCAACAAUUUCCGCAGGGAAUACAUUGCGACUCAGGGCCCUUUGCCUGGCACCAAAGAUGAGUUCUGGAAGAUGGCAUGGGAGCAAAAUGUUCACAAUAUUGUCAUGGUAACCCAGUGUGUUGAGAAGGGCCGGGUGAAGUGUGAUCACUACUGGCCCCUUGACCAGGAUUCCUUAUACUAUGGAGACCUGAUCGUUGAGAUGCUGUCUGAAUCCGUACUCCCAGAAUGGACAAUACGAGAGUUUAAAAUUUGCAGUGAAGAGCAGCUAGACUCAACAAGGCUCAUUCGGCACUUCCACUACACUGUCUGGCCAGAUCAUGGUGUGCCAGAGACCACCCAGUCCCUGAUUCAGUUUGUCAGAACUGUAAGGGAUUAUAUCAACAGGACUCCAGACACAGGACCCGCUAUUGUGCACUGCAGUGCUGGUGUUGGCAGGACUGGCACAUUCAUUGCACUGGACAGAAUUCUGCAGCAGCUGGAUUCAAAGGACACUGUUGAUAUUUAUGCAGCUGUACAUGAUCUGAGGCUUCACCGGGUUCACAUGGUUCAGACAGAGUGUCAGUAUGUGUACCUACAUCAGUGUGUGAGGGAUGUGCUAAGAGCCAGAAAACUUCGCAGUGAACAAGAAAAUCCUUUGUUUCCAAUAUAUGAAAAUGUGAAUCCAGAGUAUCACAGAGAUGCUGUUUAUUCAAGGCACUAAGAAUGUUACAGAUACCUGCUUUUGUGACCACAUUUGUCAACUAGGGGGUUGGUUUGGGUUUUUUUAUGUAUGUAUUUCAUGCACUAGAAAGGUGCCAGACCUUUCUGUUGAGACUGUGUAUAAUUUAUUGGUCUGGUCAUUUUAAAAAAGAUAUAUAAUUUAAAUGUAAUAGAUAAUAAUGUAUAUAAUUGUAUUUUGGCAUUAUGUAAAUAUGUAUUUUUUCCAUAUUGUUUAUAUUAAUAUUAAGCUUCAGAUAAUACUAUUUUUUUCUUACCAUAGUUUUUAUAAACUGUUCUACAUAAACUAUUUUGAAUUGUAUGACUAACAGGACUGCUGUAUUUAGGGCAGUAUUGGCAUGUGACACACAGGAAAAAUCCUAUAAGGAGAACCUCAUUUUUCUUGAACUAGUUGAGUGUUUGUGAGAUGAAAUAAGCUACUAUUGAGUAAGGGAACAGUAGUCCUGUAUAGGAAUUAUAAUGCUACUCUACACUUCAAACUUACUGCUUUUGUUCUGACAAAAAAUGGGUAUAGCCCAUGACACAAUGACAUACUUUUUACAGAACUCAUUAACAGCCAAGCAAAACAGGGUUCACCUCACUAGAAACAACUGUUUCACUCUAAUGUGACAUAGAAAAAUAUCCAACAACAUAAGCUGCCGUGAAGUCUAGGAGACCUCUCCCCCCACACACAUGCUCUGAGGGGGGACAGGUCACAUUCUGAUUUCUUUACACUGGUUUAAGAGAGCAGAAUCAGACCACAGCCCAUGUCUGUGCAUUUUCACAUGCAUAUAAUUAUAAUAAGAAAGUUGUUCAAGGAAAUGCCUCAGACAUUCAUAGUAACAGCCUACUAAGGAAGUGGAGUCUGGCAACUUACAUAGCUCAUUAAAAACAAUGCUGUACUGUGACAGCUAAAAAUCCAGAGAGAUUAUAAAUGUGUUGAAAUAAAGACAUAUAAAGGUAUGUAUCCCACAGUUUGCACAAUUGACUUCAGCCUCAAGCUGCUUGCCAGGUAGCUGCCUUGUCCCAAGUGUUGGUCUCUGUCAAAUGCCAUUUGCUUUCACAAAGGGAAAGCUUGGCCCCAGCAUGUCCACGUAGAAAGACUUUUUCAUGUAGAUGAUGCCCAAUGUCACCACAAAGUUGGAAUAGAAAAAGGCUCAUCAGUAAACCAGGGAUGUAGGCUGGCAGGGCUGUGCUAAUCAUUGGACGACUGAAAGCAUUUAGUGAUUAGCAAGGAGUACACUCAAAGAGCACUCGCCAGGUAUCCUGCCCAGCCAAGCAGAUUAGGCACAUCCUCUCUCCUCUGUAAAGAGGAUUCUCACUCAAGAGACUGAACACACCGUUCAGCUAUUCUUUGUCUUUGUGAAACACUCUUUAAGCAGAGAAGAAGCAGUACACAGUUCUUCUCCAUCACAAAAAGAAAAAAGGGCUUGAUAGUUCUCCUUUUAGCUAUCUACUCAUACUUUACCUAGAGAAAACUUAGCCUGCUGCUGAAGACAAGUGCCUAAAUUCCACUUCUAGUUUGGAGAGAAAUAAACCUUUCUGAAGGCCACCUGAGAACUAGCAAAUACACCUAAGUGCCUAAUUGAGGAACUACUGUGGUCCUGGGCCAGGACUACUGUGAUUUCACCAUGUCUCAUUGGAGCUGCACUCUCUUUGUGUUAGGAACACCUGCCUGAUGUUGACUGAAGAAAUCUGCUGGUCAGCUCUGACUUAAAUCAUUCCAAAGCAGAACCAUCAGGACUACGCACAUUAGUGUCACUCUAGUUUUCCUAAGGAGAAAGAAACAGCCUCAUAAUCACUCUUACUUCCUGCUGCGUUGGUGGUCUCAUCCUUUCUUGACCCAGUAUCUUCAUAUGCCUCAGAUGCUACCCUUCAUAUCAGCUUUCAGAGCUGCUCAGAACAUGUAAGCUUGGUAAACCUUUUAGGUGUCUCUGUAUAAAAAUGCCACUCAUUCCUCUUGCACAGCCUCUUUGUCCCCACGCAAACCUCAAGGUUCACCACCCUUAGUAGGAUUUGAAGAGCAGAAUUUGCAUUGUAGUGGAAACCGUUUUCACAGAGGGAGAUCUAAGCAAAACCACAAAGAAAUGUGCACAUUUUCUGCAAGCCCCCUUUUUAUCUUUUUUCCUUUGCUAGAUAGACUCUAGGUUAGCAAGCAAGGACAAACAAGCACGGCAGCUUUAGAUCGAUCAUUGACCCUGCUAAUAACAGGCAUCAUGAAAAUUGCUGUUGUGUUACGUGUGCUGCAUUUAGUCCUUUCUUUUUGCAGUGGUAGCUGAGGAAUGAAGAUCACCAUGUUAGUUACCAGCAGUACAAUUACCCUGUGAAUACAUACCAAAUGUACCCUAUAAAUUAUCUCACGCUAUAUAUUACUGUGUCAUUUUUUACACUUAGGGAAAUGGAACUUGCUCAAUAAUAUAUGAUCUGCGGGCAAAAGUCUGAUUGUAUACUAUGUAUGCAUGUUGUUCAUCAUUUUCAGAAGGACAGGCAUCGUUUUGCUCUUUCUUUUAACAUUGUCUCUCAGCUCCUUCCUCCGCACCUACAGAGUUCACAAAUCUGCAGCCAAAAGGAUGAUGUUGUAGCAGACAGCUAUUUUCAUCUUUUCUCUCAGCUAAUAAUGGGGACGGUUCCUAAGCCUCUUCCUCCUCAUCACUUAAUAACAUGACAGAUGACCUUAAACACGCUGGCACAGUGCUUUUGAGCAGCAUCACAUUGCUGCCUAGCCAGGUCACACUUUGAGAAUUGCUCUGGUUCUGCUUUCUAGCCAGUUCUCGUCAUAGGAAACCAAUGUAAAUCCACCAAGAAUAAGUAAAAAGUAUCUAUGUAGCAUUUUGUUAAAAUAAGACACCUACUUAUCAGUAUAAUUAAUUAUAUUUACCGUGCCUCUAAGCUGAAUAACAGGACCAAUGGGAAAUUGUUAAUGUAACAGGAAUGAACUUGAAGGAGCCUUUGCACUGAACAAGGAGAGCUCUUAAGGAAAAAGACAUCCUCUGCUGUAGAGGAUGUUUCUCUUAUGAAUGUCCACAAAUGAUGUUCAGAAUUCCCUUCCUGAUGUUUCCCAAUAAUAAUGUUAUAAAGCAAGGCUAGUGUUGUUGCUGAUCCAUAAGCUAAGAUUUGCACACUUGGAGCCCAGUCCUGUGAAUCUCUGCAUUGUCCACAAAGCUACCUGAGUACUUCCAUGAAAGUCAACUGGAAUGCUUGCCUGAAGAAUAUCAUUCCACUUCUGAAGCACUUGCAGGGUUGGGCUUUUAGGUUAAUUCAAAUUUUUGUAUUGAAAGUUAUUUAAUAAUGAAAAAAAAUAGUAGUAAAUGGUUUGUUGUUUUUUUCUUAAAUCUGUGCAAUACAAUUACAAGAUCCACUACCAGUUGUAGAGAAAAAAAAAAAAAAGAUUUUGCAUAGCUAGAGUUGAUAAAUGAUAUUUUUUGUUACUAAUGGAACACAAAAGUGGGUGAGAGAAAUAGGCAUACUGUGAAGAUGUCAUAAAAGUGCAACUUUAAACACUUUUUCUGCUGCUAUAGUUAUUUAUACAGCUUAUAUAUGUGCCUAAAAUUGCCAGAAAUAUUAUUUUAUGCCAUCAUAUACUAUGAAUUUCCUUUCAGGUGUAGAACAGAGAAAAGAAAAUGUAUGAGUUUUAAGUAUAUAUUAUAUAAUAUGUAUGGUUAUUUACACUUUGAAUUUGAAAGCAAGAAGUUAAAUCCUAGACAGACAGGAGUACAUGAGCACUUAGCUGUGCUCCUCAGCCUGGGAGUUAACAUAUGGGCUAGAGGGGUGGGAACAACAACCUAACUAAUGACUGUACUAGCAUCUCCGUCCAGGGCCACAGCUUGGAGGAACAUCUGACCUACCUACCAAGGGGCGGUGUGGCAGGUGCCUACAUGUAUUCAGAUUUCCUUCAGUGCUUCAGACAUGCAGUUUGUAGGAAUAUGAUGUGAUAUAAAAUGAUAGCACCUGUCACCCUGGUGGCCCUGUCAAAGGUGUUGAGGCUAUGGAGCUGUAAAGUCUGGGACCUGUAGUGCAAGGAGGCUGCAACCUAAACAGAAGAUGAGUGGGCACCCCUGUACUGGGGCAGCUCAGUGCAGACCCCAUCCCCUCAAUUGUCCCUCACAGGCUGACAAAGUCAGACUCCUGACCUCUUGGUAGCACCACUGUGGCCAAAGCAAGCUGGUCUGCUAUCAGUAACCUCGCAGAUCAACAGUUAGGGCAGACUGGGGUGUGGUUUGUAAGACUGGCAGGAAAUACUGGAGACUAGGGACUAGCUAAAUUUAGCAAAUGCUGUGGAAUUUGGGCACAUACAGUGUUAACGAUGCUUGUAGAUUGAUAUGCAUGAUGAUUUGGUUGUUUCUUGGUUUAUCUGAAAUCUGAAGAAAUACUGUAAGUAAUGUCAAGUAGCUAAAUAUAUAUUUUAUGUAUAUAUUGCUCUAUGGCAGAGCAGUAUGCUAGAGUAGAAAAACCCACAAUUUUGAAAUGUGGCUAGCCAUACAUUCCUUACCAGUGCCUGGAGUAAAAUGUCUGAAAAACAUCUUCAGCACAUAGUCCAUUCUCAUAUGCUAUAGAAUUACUUACUUAUAUUUGUGUUCCUAACAAACAUCGGGUGAAGACAGUAUUGUGCUACUAUUGUCAAUUUAAUUUAUGCAUUUGUUAAGUAUAUUUUUGUAUUUUCAGCUACAGUCAACAAAUCAAAUAUAUUUGAGUAUAUUUUA